GUGAGUGGAGAAAGUGCUGGGCUUUACUCUACGACCGUGCGCUUCGCCUCCGCACUACUGAGCGGCUCCGCGCUAGUCAGUGCUUCCGCCGACCAUGGGCUGCGCCUUCGCGCUGUUCUCCUUGCAGUGUGUGCUGUGCAUCGGGCGCAUUGCGUCCUUUCAGCUGACCAUCCUUCACACCAACGAUGUGCACGCCAGAGUGGAGGAGACCAGCGAGGACUCGGGCAAGUGCAUCACCAAGUGUUUUGCCGGGGUCGCCCGGAGAUUGACGAAGAUCAAGGAGGUGCGUGCGAAGGAGAGCAACGUGCUGCUGCUGGACGCGGGCGACCAGUACCAGGGCACCAUCUGGUUCAACUACUACAAGGGCACCGAGGCUGCACACUUCAUGAAGAAGCUGCGCUACGACGUGAUGGCACUGGGCAAUCAUGAAUUCGACAAUGGUGCAGAGGGCCUUUUGGAGCCUUUUCUCCAGAAUGUUUCUUUCCCAGUGUUGAGCGCAAACCUAAAAGAAGAUAAAGAGCAAGUACCAAGCCUCCGAGGCUACUAUGAAUCUUCUGCUGUGGUGGAUGUGAAUGGGGAGAAGAUCGGUGUGGUUGGAUAUACAACCAAGGAAGUCCCAGUACUUUCAAGUCCAGGGCCACAUCUGAUCUUCGAGGAUGAGGUUGAAGCUGUGCAGCGGGAAGUCAACAACCUCAUAACGAAGGGGAUUAACAAGAUCAUCGCUCUGGGCCACUCAGGAUUCGAGACGGACAAACUGAUUGCGCAGAAAGUGAAGGGGGUCGAUGUGGUGGUGGGAGGACACAGUAAUACCUUCCUGUACACAGGCAAGGCUCCUUCCAACGAUGUCCCGGCUGGGCCUUACCCGUUCAUGGUCCACUCAGAUUAUGGCCAAAAGAUUCCUGUAGUACAGGCCUAUGCAUAUGGAAAGUACCUUGGAUACCUGAAGCUGACCUUCGACAAGAAGGGAGUGGUGACCAAGAGUGAAGGGAACCCAAUACUGUUGGACAGCAGCAUCCCUCAGGAUGUGGAGCUGCUGGCAGAUGUAAACACCUGGAAAGCAGCCCUGGCCAAUUUCGGGAAGAAAGUCGUUGGGCAAACGUUGGUCUACCUGAACGGAACGACUGAGGCUUGUCGGAAUCAGGAAUGCAAUAUGGGGAACUUAAUCUGUGACGCUAUGAUCCGGGAAAAUAUCCGAAGACUGAAUGGAAUGUCUUGGAACCACGUCUCCAUUUGUAUGACACAAGGCGGUGGAAUCCGUGCACCCAUUGAUGAACGAGCCAAUGGUGGAAUCAUACAAAUGGAGUCCCUGAUGUCAGUUUUACCAUUCGGCAGCACCGUUGAUCUAGUCGAAAUCCGAGGCUCUACGAUAAGAGCAGCUUUCGAGCAUUCAGUCAGAAGAUAUGGGCAGAACACCGGGGAGUUCCUGCAGGUCUCUGGUUUGCAGGUGGAAUUUGACCUGAAGAGACCUCCAGGCUCCCGGGUGGUCAAGCUCAAUGUACUGUGUGCAGACUGCCGAGUGCCUCACUACCAACCGCUCCAUGAUACCAAGAUUUACAAAAUCGUCACUAACUCCUACAUCGCCAAUGGGGGAGAUGGAUAUUCCAUGCUCAAGAAUGAGAAGCUGACACAUGACACCGGCAGCACUGAUAUUUCGGUGGUUUCAAGUUACAUCAGGCAGAUGCAGAUGGUUUACCCUGCAGUAGAAGGGCGAAUCUUGUUCACAGAUAACAGUGCGACCCGCUCCGGUAUUAAACUGACCAUCACACUGCCUCUCUUCUCAUUUCUUGCCUGGCUCUUACACUUUUAGCAAUUCAGACCAGCUGCAGUGGAGUAUUCACUGAAGUAGCUCCUUGCCUUUUUCAAAUAAUUCAACAUGAUUUAGACACAUUGACAGCAAUGGAUCUAACUUUCUAUUUAAACCAGUGGCAAAUUGGUCCCCAAACUGACUGUACACUCCAGGGACAAUCCAAUCACCAAAUUCAAUCACAGAACCGUAAUUUAUUUAGCAUCUUUCUUGACCUCAGUAUGUUCAGAAGCACUUUACAGCCAUUGUGGUGUAUCCAGAGAACUGUCACUACUCUCAUGGUGGAAUACAGCAGCCAAUUUGCACACAGAGUUCUCAGGGCAUUGAGAGGGGUAACCAGAUAUCCCGCCUUUGGUGUUUGCAGGAGGGAUAAUCACUGACCUGAGCACUGGGUUAGGAUGAUGGUUAAUCCUUGCCCCUCAGUUCUAUGAAAUGAGAUCUUUAAAGCCCAGCUGAGUUUGGGCAGAUUGGAUCUUGGUAGAACAUCUCAUUAUAAAGGCAGCACUUGUAACAGUCCCAUCCCCUCAGUACCACACUGGAGUGUCAGCCCGAACUUGUUCACCUUGCUGGACUGAGGCUUGAAUCACGAAGUUUCUGACUCGGGAAGGAAGCAUGCUGACACAGAGCCACAACUGACGCUGUGUUAUUGCAAGAAGAACCCAUUGUUCAUAAACACACAGGCUUGUUUUUAAACAGGAUCCUUAGCAUCAGAACUGUGGCUGUUGGACCCUGCAGAAUGUACAGAAUACACAACCCCCAGACAUGAUGACUGUAGACCCUAUAGUACACAAGGGAUAUUCUUCCUUUGAGAUAAAGACACUUUAAUCAAAGCACAAGAGCUAUAUUUUGCUAAUGGCACAUGUAGAUAAAUGGAAAUUAUUUUUGACACAGGAUUAAUGAUACGGUUUUACUUUGAAACUAGUUGAUUAUCUACAUCUUUGAUCAGUGUGUAUGUAUGUAUUACA